GACAAAAACUUUGUAACUUCAUCAUCAAUCUACCCACACUCCAUCGUCAUUGUUUUUGUCACCGAAAUUAUCAAUUUAUCUUCAUAAAAGAAGCAAUAAACGUGAAUUAAGCAUUUUGAGAAGUGAAUUUAAUAUUUACAGCUUCACGUGUAUCAAUAAAUAAUGGAAAAUUUAUCAUGGGAUGAUAUCCGUAAACGGGCUCGAAGCCUUGAAAAUGAUAUUGAUCUGAAGUUGGUAGCUUUGAGUAAAAUAAGUUCUGGCUCAAUAUCAAGUGGAGAAUCGAGUCCCUUAAUUUCCAGUGAAUUUAGUUUUGAUACGAUCUCUUUGGAAAUUGAGGAUAUGUUAAGCAAAUUAAGUGAGAUGAAUGAAAAAAUGGCAAGUUUGCCAUCAUCGGGAGCUGCAAUGAUGCAUACUCUUACAAGACAUCGAGACAUUUUACAUUCAUAUCGAACAGAAUUUAACAAAAUCACUCAAAACCACACGAUUCAAGUGGAACGUGAAGAAUUAUUGAGAGGUUCCGGUUUGAUGAAUACAUCAAGCGGCUCAUUAUCUCGUAGAGAUAUGUACGUUAAAGAGAAUCAACAUAUUUCCAAUUCCCAUAAUAUGAUUAACGACCAAAUCAGCAUAGCAAUUGAAACACAAAAGUCUCUUAAAGGCCAACGAAAGAACUUCAAACGUCUUCAAAAUCGUUUCAAUAAUCUUGCUAACAAUUUUCCUAGAAUCAAUUCACUUCUACAACGUAUUAAUAUUAAGAAACGCAAAGAUCAAUUGAUUUUAGGUGGUGUCAUUGCAGUCUGCACAAUUUUAAUGUUAUUGUAUGCCUUCCAUUGAGUGUUGAUUGUUGAUAUUAGGGAAAUGUCAAAACUGGAAAGUGUUAAUUAUUAAGUGAAGUUUUAUAAAUAGUUUAACGAACGAUGAUAUCAUGAAUGCUAUUAAUGAACAGGUAAAUAGACUUUGUGUGAAAAGAAUUAAGAGAAAAAAGAUAAUCAUUAACAUAUUCAAAUUAUUCUAUUUAAUAAAAGUUAUGUGAUAAUAAAAUUUAAUCAUAAA